AUGUCGCGGCCUGUGUUCACUUUCAGUGACUCUCCUUUUCAACCCCCUCAGCUUCCCAUCAAUGCUCUACCAAAUACACCGAAUACUGGUACAGUACGAUUCAACACUGCUUCGCCAUAUGUGUUGCCUCAGCCUCCCAUCUCAAACCCCGGUUCACGUCUUCAGACUUAUUCUGACUCAAGCCUUGAUCAUCACGGCACAUCGGAAAUGCAGACUCCUGGGGUAGAACAUGGAACAUGGGAGGAUGAAUGUGAUGAGCUUAAUGAGGACAAUACGAGCUACUCCGCUGCGAUAGGCCCUGAUGAGAAUAAUUCCAACAUAAGUUUGACCCCCCAAAAACGUUCAGAAGGAGAGACCACAGAUCUCAUGAGUUGGGUGGAUGGCAUCCAAUCUCACUAUUCUCUAACCCCAAUGCAAGUUCGGGAGCUCAAAGGGAUGGUCGCAAUUGCUGGCUGGGUAGAGACGGGACAACUCAAGAUAAACUGUCUGCAAUAUGCAGCGACCUGCCGUAUCGAAAACAAGUUCGAAGCGCAGCAUACAGAUUCAACUUCAGUCAAAGAAGUUGUCAAUGGAGCUCUGAAGCAAAUCAACAAAGGGUAUGAGGUUCCCAGACAUGUCAAGGCAAUCAUUCGAUCCAUUGCACGGGAUGAAUGUGCGAAGCCUACACGUCUGAGUUACGGCGACAUCAUUCCUGCAGUAUGGGAACGUUGCAAGACUGAAGCAGGGCAGCAUGAAUUUACAGACAUAUUGGCAAAAACAGGAUCGGCCACUGCAUUAAAAAAAGAAGCGGAGUCUCUUACAGGAAAAAUGCUCCAACAAUUCCGAGACGAUGCAAGUUUUUGUGACAUCUUUGCAACCAUUAUUGACGAAACCGGAAAAAGGGGGCUCUCAACGCUGGAGCAGGCAACCGUCGCCUUGGUUCAAAAAUAUGUCCAAGGAGGCUUGGGAUCGAGUAAUGGGCAUCUGUACCAGUUCCGAUUUGCUAUCCUGCGUCGAUUUUUACGUGAACGGUGUUGUGAGGAGGAUGGUCCAAUUCUCAAGAAGCAGAAAAACCUCGCGGGUAAACAAGCAAAGGAGGCUUCAUUCUGGGGCCGCGUGGAUGCAUUCCUUGACGGACUCAAAUGUGAAUUCAAAAGUAAUGACCUCCGGACAGAUAAGUGGACGGCAUACCUUGUCGAAACUAUACAAGAAGAUUGGAAACGAUUCGGAAACCCGUCACGAGCUUUACCACCCCUUCCCCUUUCCAUUGAUUCAUUGGAGAGCCAUUCACCUUCACGCAAUGGUGAACCACCCUCGCCGGAAAACUCGACCUCAUCGCUACAAAGCAACUUUCGGGAGCCAUUACAGACUCUAGCAAACGAGGUCAGCAAACGCAAGCGAGGAGCCAUUGAGAAGAAUGAUUAUCUGGCAUUCUGA